AUGUCAAGCUUGUUACCGGAUGGCAUCGUAGAGAGAAUAUUCACAAGGUUGCCUGUAAAGUCAAUUUCAAGAUUCAGUAUCUGCAUUUGGAACCCGGAUACCAGAGAAUAUAAACUAGUACCAGAACCUCCAGACGACCUAGACGCUAUUUGUUAUAGUGCAUAUGGCAUUGGUUUUGAUUGCAAGACUGAUGACUAUAAGGUAUUAAGAAUUGUGGGUUUUGAAAUAGAUGGUGAAGUUUCUGAAACUAGCCUUUACUCAUUGGCUUUAAAUUCAUGGAAGAAACUUGGUUCUAUUCCUUACGCUUUCGUGAAUGAUUUUUAUUUCGAUGUAAAUAAGGGGCUUCUUCAUGAUGGUGUGCUUCAUUGGAGGGCUACUGGAAUCAAUUCUAAUGUUAUUGGUUGUUUUGAUAUUUCUGAUGAGACAUUCCAUGAUGUGCGGUUUCCUGAUAAAAUUUCAAAUGAGGAUGCUGACCCUCACGAUUCAUGUUUGGGCAUUUGGGAAGGGAAAUUUUGCAUUCUUCAUAGGAAUCGCGUGCACGUUGAUGUCUGGAAGAUGAUGGAUGACAAGUGGAGUAAGCUUUUGAACAUCACCGCACAAGUAACAGACUUGUUCUAUGGAAGGCCACUUCAGACUUUACAGAAUGGUGAGAUCCUUAUUGAAGGUGGACCAAGGGUGGAACAGGGACCUCGAUCGAUCUCAUAUGACCCUAAGCUUGAAGGAGUUAGAGUUAGGAACAUACAUGGGUUCCCUAAAGAAUCUGAAGUGGAGACUUAUAUUGAGACCUUAGUAGUACUUAACUCGGGUACUUAUGUUGGGCAGUAG